GCCCCGGAAGAACCUCGUCCUGGGCGGCUGUGGCGCGGCGGUCGCCGUGAUGGCCUCGGGGCUGGGCGGCUGACCGCCGGGCUAGGAGAGGGCACAGCGCCCCGAAUCUCAGUGGCCGCUGUUCGAGCGCGGCCUGCGCCAUGGCCACCUCCGCCGCCUCCUCGGAGCAUUUCGAGAAGCUGCACGAGAUCUUCCGCGGCCUCCAUGAAGACCUGCAAGGGGUGCCCGAGCGGCUGCUGGGGACGGCGGGGACCGAAGAGAAGAAGAAGUUGAUCAGGGAUUUUGAUGAAAAACAACAGGAAGCAAAUGAAACGCUGGCAGAGAUGGAGGAGGAGCUACGUUAUGCACCCCUCUCUUUCCGUAACCCCAUGAUGUCUAAGCUUCGAAACUACCGGAAGGACCUUGCCAAAAUCCAUCGGGAGGUGAGAAGCACACCUUUGACAGCCACGCCUGGAGGCCGAGGAGAUAUGAAGUAUGGCAUAUAUGCUGUAGAAAAUGAGCAUAUGAAUCGGCUGCAGUCUCAAAGGUCCCUGCUUCUACAAGGCACUGAAAGCCUGAACCGGGCCACCCAAAGUAUUGAACGUUCUCAUCGGAUUGCCACGGAGACUGACCAGAUUGGUUCAGAAAUCAUAGAAGAGCUGGGGGAACAACGAGACAAGUUAGAACGCACAAAGAAUAGACUGGCAAACACAAGUGAAAACUUGAGCAAAAGUCGAAAGAUUCUCCGUUCAAUGUCCAGAAAAGUGACAACCAACAAGCUGCUGCUUUCCAUCAUCAUCUUACUGGAGCUCGCCAUCCUGGGAGGCCUGGUUUACUACAAAUUCUUUCGCAGCCAUUGAACUUCCUAUAGAAAAGGGUUUGUGGACCAGACUUUGACCUUGUGAAUGGAUGAUGUUAGGGAUGUGGAUAGAAUAAGCAUAUUGCUGCUGUGGGCUAACAGUUCAGGGGUGCACUGUGUAGCCAGACUGUGGGAGAAGGGAAGGAAAGAUGGAAAGCCACUUAAAUGUGAAGGAACAGCAACAAGACCAAUAUGAUAUACCCAGGUAAUAAAUGCUGUUUAUGACUUCUUUAAAAAAAAAA